GUGGAGGAGGCUGCGCCGCGCCCGCUCGAGCUCGGCCAUGGAGCGCUUCUUGCAGGGCUGCCGGACCGCCGUGCAGAUCUGUUGGAGAGGUGACCCUUCUCCGUGCCAAGGCCAACUUCUCUACACGUACCCCUGAUGUCAUUAUGUUGGAGUUUAGGGGUGCUGGGACCCCAGAGUACAGGCGGGUCCGGCCUGAAUGGAUUCAACUCAUGCUUUCUUUCAGCCAAAGAAUCCGGACCUCUUCAUGUUGUAUUGGGAAAUGAGGCCUGUGACUUGGACUCUAUGGUGUCUGCUCUCACUCUGGCCUUCUACCUGGAAAAUACAUCUGAGUCCAAGGCAGCCUUUGUGCCAGUUUUAAAUAUCCCACGCUCUGAGCUAGCUCUGAGAGGCGAUAAUGUCUUUCUGCUUUCGGAACUUAACAUCCCAGAGUCUUCCUUGAUAUUCCGUGAUGAAAUUGACCUUUAUGCUUUGCACCAGACUGGACAACUUACCCUUACCCUUGUUGAUCAUCAUAUCCUGCCAAGCAGUGAUGCAGUUCUAGAGAAGGCUGUAACAGAGGUAUUGGACCACCGGCCCUUGGAACAACAACACCUCCCUCCCUGCCAAGUGACAGCAGAGCUGGUGGGGUCCUGUGCCACUCUGGUAGCUGAGAGAAUCCUUCAGGGGAAGCCAGAAAUCUUGGACUGGCAAACUGCAGCACUUCUGCAUGGGACUAUAAUCUUAGAUUGUGUCAACAUGGCUCCUGAAGCUGGCAAGGUCACUCCAAAGGAUUCUAAAUAUGUGGCACAGCUAGAAGCCCACUUUCCCGACCUGCCUAGUAGGAGCAACAUCUUUGAGUCCCUGCAGAAGUCAAAGUUUGAUGUAUCAGGGCUGACUACAGAGCAGAUGCUGAGAAAAGAUUUGAAGACAAUCUCUGGGGAUGGUACCAUGCUGGCCAUGAGUGCAAUAUACAUGGAUUUGGAGGUCUUCCUUCAGAGAUCCAACCUCACAGCAGAGCUAGAUGCCUUCUGCCAAGCUCGUGGCUACGAUGCCCUUGUAGCAAUGACUAUCACUUUCACCCCUCAUAAUGAGCCAGUGAGGCAUCUGGUUGUUUUCUGUCCUAGCAUGGACCUCCAAAGUAUGAUCUGUGGAGCCUUGGAAUAUUCCCGAUCGCCACCUCUGAAUCUGACUCCAGCCCCAUCCCCCCACCCUAACCUCAGGGCCUAUUUCCAAGGAAAUGUUCAUGCUUCCAGAAAGAAAGUUCUCCCCAUCCUCAGAGAUGCCUUGUGGGGGCAUCCUGGUGCCAUGAAGACACCUUCAGGGACGCCUGGGCCAGAAGGCUGCUCUCAGGAGCCCAUGGAUGAUGAACUGGACAAAGCCAUUAAUACCUUGAUUCCUGAAAUGAGUCGAGAUGAGGAGGAACCUGUGCUGCCCCCCACACCUAUGAACAGCUUAGUAGAUGAGUGCCCUCUGGAUCAAGGGCUUCCUAAACUCUCAGCUGAGGCUAUCUUUGAGAAAUGUAGCCAGAUCACAAUGGCACGUUCCUCCACCAGUCCCCCCCAGAAGAAGAAGUGACAUAUGGGGUGGGAAUAGGGGGGAAGUUGCAGAACAUAGUGGGAGAAGGUGCCCAGCCCAGCUUGAAUGCAUGAUUUGAAAUAUGUAGGGAAUCUCUGUGAUUCUCUUUAUUGCUCCAGGACCCAGGUAUAUUAUUCACGUGGAUAUGGAAGGAGAUAGAAGUCAAAGAUAUGAUGGCUGUAGGGAUGGUUUUCUACCUUCCCUGCCAAUUCUCCACGAAUCAGCCAAUUUUCAUUAUUGAUUAAUUCUGGAAAUCUGCACUGACCACAUUCUUUUAUAACCCGGGGUAUAUGAAAAGGUAGAUAUUAAGAAGGAGAAGGAAAUGGUAUUAGGUGAACUCCAGCAAUGCCCCUGUCUGAACAAAGACCGGAUACCUCCCAUCAAACUGAGGGACAAAUCCAUUUGUUCAGCAAGUGUUUGCAUAUUCUGUGCUAAGUAGAGCAGAGAUGGCUUUGGAAACUUACACAGUUUUCAGCCUAUUUAUGAUACCUAGGAUCAUAAUUUUUCUUUCUGUCACUAUUGAGGUGAUAGUAUUUAACUUGAAAGUUAAAUUUCCAUUCAGCUGGUUCCAUAAAAUUAGUUGUGGACUCUCUGGCAUUGCAGAGGAUUAUACUUGAGGCCAGAUAUUGAGUCUCAUUUUUCUGAGCAGGUUACCAGGCUUUAGGGUUCUCCUAGUUCCCUUUUUCAGAGUGCCAGGGGUUCUUAAAGAUUUGUAUCUGAUCACAUCUUUGAGAGCUAAUCGGUGAAUCACUGUCAUCUCCGAAAGAUACUUUUCUGUCAAAGCAGUAAAACUGAAGCAAUGGUUCAUUCUCUCUUCGUUUCUCUGCCUCUCUCUGUGUCUAUCUGUCUUUGGACUGUCUCUUGUUUCUCUCUUCCCCUACCAUCAAUUUCUUUUGCCAGUAUUUACUCUCUCUUCAUAUAGGAGAACAAACGGUGUUGUGGAAAGGAUUUGACUGAAAGUCAGGAGAUUUGACUUCUACUGACUUUGGGUUUUAUUUUUAUUGAUGUCCUUUGUAUUUACAUCUGAAUUUGUAUUUACAUUUCUGAAUAUAUCCCACCUCAAUCUUCUACCCUGUGAACCAUCCCUUGUAACAAAGGUUUAAAAAGAAAGAAAACUCAAGUCUUAACUGUGGGACUAUGGGUGUCAGUCAACCUUGCUGAGCUUGUUUCCUCCUAUAUAAAAUGAAUUCAUCUUCAUUGAAUGAUCCCUAAGAUUUCUUCCUACUGUAAGUCUUUUAUCUGUCUCUCUCUGUUGUUGUCUUCUUUCUCCGUCAGUUUUCACUUGAGGAUGUGAAAUGGGAACAUAUUCUCCCUCUCCCUAACUAAGCCCAGCAAGGUCCAGUGUUGCUGAAUUGUGUGUUUGUGUGUGUGUGUGAGUGCGUGCGCGUGCGCUCACGUGAGAGAGAGAUUAGGCCAAAGGACUCAGCCUCAUGUAGCAUAUACAAGUAUAUGAAUCACCAUAUUUUAGUGAUUUAACUAGGAGCAGCCUUUCACUGACUCGAAUGUGUUUGACUCAGCCCUCUGUUCUUCCCCUUUAGUGUCCUCCUAUACCCCUCCAACAGGCCUGCUUCCCUUCCACUUCUUUAUGUUCCCAGAUGACCCAAGAAGGUGCUGCCAUUAACUUUACUGAGUAUUUAGGUACCUCCUACCCUUUGGCAUGGUGUCCCUCAGAGAGAGAGAGAGAGUAUACGUGUGUGUGUAUGUGUGUGUGUGUGUGGUGUAGGGAGACUGUUUCUUUGAAGGAUGUCUGCAGCCAUAUGAAAGAUAAAAGGCAAUGGCAUAAUCACUGAACCAAAGGAAUUUGUUUUGUAAUUGUGGGGAGUUUUAUUUUGCACUUUGUUAAGGCAUUAAAUGCAUUUUUCCUGUCCUG